UGAAGUGAGCAUGGGCUCCCAGGAGCACCGCACCCCCCUCACGUCACCCACCGAGCCCAAGUGGAAUGCGUCGAUGCAGUUCCUUGUCAAAGACGUCAUGGAGGAUGUGCUCUGUGUAACUGUAUUCGACAAGGGACACUAUUCGCCUGAUGAAUUUUUGGGAAGAACUGAGUUGAGAGUGAGUGAUAUACUGGAUGUGACAAGGGAUACACCAGGACCAAUCACCCGGUGGCUACCUCUGUAUGAAGUCGAAUCUGGACAGAUCUCCCUCAAAAUAAGUCUGGUUUUAUUCGAAAAAUGAAAGACAUCUCUCAUCGAGUCAACGAACAAGGCUGAGAAUUAAGUUCAAUCAAAAUAGAAGAUGACAACGUUUGUCGGGCAGCACCUUAUGCCUUAAGGGUGAACGAAGUAGAAAAACUACGGUACCUUGCUUUACGGUAAGCGGAGUUGAAAAGCCUCUGAAGGAUCUCCUUUGGCUCAAUGUCAUUCAUUUCUCAUUGGAAAACACUUUCUUGAUUCACGAACCACCGUACUUAUCCAAACUAAAUUACAGUUUACCUCAUCACACAUUGUACACAGUGUGUUGUCUUGGAAACUUUCUAUAAGCUUUUUUUUAUAAAAUCUGAUGACUGCAAACGGUUUUAACCAAGGAAUGUAGAAUAGAUACAUUGGUUUUAACCGUUUAAGGGUGUGCAAAA